UCAUUUGUUUAAGGUCAAGCAUUCCUUCAUGUAUACUUUCCUAUCUUGAUACACAAGCCCGAUCAUUUCCGGAGGAAAGCAGUUUUCAUCGAGUUUUGCUGACAUGCAAUCGCAGGCAUUCUGACAUGAGUCGGAAGAGAUCACAUAUACCUGAAAUCUACAAACAGAGGAAAAGAAUAUUCUUGGGACCAGCAAAAGUCGAUAGCGGUGCCACAAAUGGGUUUCCCAAAGAUGAGAAAGAUGUGGAGUCUGAUGAAAUACUGUCAGACACAAAGGCUACUUUGUUCUUCCUAAGAGGUCUUUUCCCAGUAGAGAAGUUUCAUCACACAUUACCUGCAAUGAUUCUCAAACACCAGGUGUACAGUAUUGUGAAGAACAGAACAGUAGCAGACAAACAGCUGAAUGACCUGAGGACAGCUGGGGAGAUCAAAUUGUUCAAGCUUCCCAUGGGUACAGGGGAAGAGGAGUACUGUGUGUUAUUUACAGAGGAUUACAAAUCUCAUAUACUCAGAACCUCCAGAAGUAUGGCUGUCAGUAAAACUGUGAUAGAUAAGUUCAUCAAAAAAGUGGUCUCCCAGCACAGUGAUGUCAGCAUCAGCAAAGAGACGUUGCUUGACGAGUUCCGCUUCAAAGACGAAGAGAUCACGCAGAUGGUUAAGGCUAAUUUACUGACAUUCAGAGAGGUGGGCAGUUGGUGGCUGUCCAUUCCUAAUACUGGCGUCUUUAUGAAGAGUUUCAUCAGGGGGAGAAAAUCUGUGCUGACAAUGAUCCGCAAAUCAAAAUACAGGGCGAUUCUCAAACAGGAGCUGGAACAAAGGAAAUGGCCAAAGUUAGCAAAGUUGGGCUUGAUGUUCCAUAUCCAUGAUAUCAUUGGAAGUGAACUUGUAGAAUGUGUACAGACUACUUCAGGCGAACUGCUGAGACUGAAGGACAAUUGAUUCAACAUGAUGUCCCUUGGUUUACCCCUCUCCAAAAGCUGCUAGUUAAAUUGUGAUGUUUCCAGUGCCUAUCUUGGGUGUGAUGGCAAU